GGUGACAUUUACUUCACUGUUUUUUUCUCCUUUGUUGGUCUCUCUCUUCUGCUCUGAUUUCUUCUCCGUUGGGAAAAACUCCAAAUUCUUCUCCCAAAAACCCUAAUUUCCCGAUGUCGAUCUUCGAGUACAACGGAAGUGCCCUUGUGGCUAUGGUGGGGAAGAACUGCUUCGCCAUCGCCAGUGAUCGGAGACUCGGUGUUCAGCUACAGACCAUCGCCACCGAUUUCCAGAGAAUCUACAAGAUCCACGACCGCGUCUUCAUCGGCCUCUCCGGUCUCGCCACUGAUGUCCAGACACUGUACCAGCGACUCGUGUUUCGUCAUAAGUUAUACCAGCUUCGGGAGGAAAGAGACAUGAAGCCUGAAACUUUCGCAAGCCUUGUCUCCGCCAUUCUUUACGAGAAAAGAUUUGGUCCUUACCUAUGCCAACCUGUGAUUGCUGGAUUGGGAGAUGAUGAUAAGCCCUUCAUUUGCACCAUGGAUUCGAUUGGAGCGAAGGAGCUGGCUAAAGAUUUUGUAGUUUCUGGAACUGCUUCUGAAUCACUUUACGGAGCCUGUGAAGCAAUGUACAAACCGGAUAUGGAACCCGAGGAAUUGUUCGAGACAAUCUCACAAGCACUUCUCUCAUCGGUCGACCGUGACUGUUUGAGUGGCUGGGGAGGGCACGUCUACGUUGUAACGCCGACUGAAGUUGGGGAAAGAAUCCUGAAGGGAAGGAUGGAUUGAUCCGAUCGUCAAGUAUCAUCUGCAUGUAUCCGAGUUUAGUGCAUUUCGUUCGAAUAGUUGUGGAUUUCACUUUCGAUCAGAACACUUCCUCCUCCGAGAUUGUCACGUUGUGGAUUCCGGGUAAGUCUGAUGCAAUCCCUGGAUGUUUUACCUUUAAAAAAAAAACGAAUGAAGAACAUUACACAUGCUUGUCACAAUAUUCUCUAAGAGUUUUUUUUUUUAAUUAAUGAUC